UCUUUCUAAUACUCUUGUGUUUGCACGUCAUGAUUUUAGGAUACAAUUAGGAGAAUUAUUCUUAUUAGGACUUUGGAAAAAAUAAUUAGAUAAAGUAUGAGUAGCGAAGAGAAUAUUACUUGAAAAUUUUUCCUAAAAAUAAAUUGUGAAUUGUGGACAUACGGCAGGCUCGAGAAAUCAUGCAAAAAUAAAACUGUGAAAAAAUUUAAAUAAAAAGUGCAACACGCCUCACAAAUACGUGAAGCUGUAUGUGAGUGAAAGAAUUAAAGCUGACAACUUAAAAAUAAUGUGAUUUUAUUUUAAAAACUUAUAAAAUAAGAAAAGAUUUUUAAGCUAUCAAAAAGAAACAACUACAGUGAUUGAUUAGAAAAAGUAAUAAUCGGUCAUUUUUCUUACACAUUAGCCGAAAAACGAAACAACUUCGUUUUCAUUUUCUGAGUAGCCAUUGUAUACUACCGACGUCAGAGUAAGACAAAAGGUUUUUCGUAGAGUCAAUUUUGCUAAUUUCUUUGCAUAUAAAAAUAUAUUCCUGUGGAAAUUCCUUUGAUAAAAUUGCAAAAGAAAAAAUCUAGUUAUUUCGUUUCUUGAAAGAGGAAUUUUUUUCAUCAAACUCUUCUAACGGGUUUGUGGUUUGUUAUUGUUUUGAAAAGUGUUUCAAGUAAAAAUUUGGAAUAUCUCGUAGCAAUGAAUUUAAAGUGAAUUUAUUCUCUAACAAUCGACUGUACAAAGUUUGCAAUAACAAUUUCUUUUUUAACUAAAAUCGGGAAAAACGCGGAAAUUGUGCUAAUCUUUUUCGGAAAACGAGUAACAGCCAUACCGCAAUUUUAAAUGAUGGAACGUAAGAAAGUUUUGGAAUUGGAUAAGAUAUGUCGCGUUUGUAUAUGUGAACGUAAAGACAUGAGGCCGCUAUUUAGUGAAAAGGUGGCUGAAAUGUUAAUGGAAUGUGCCACUGUUAAUUUGGAACCAACUGAAGGUUGGCCCGAUAAAAUAUGCGUGCAGUGUGUUCAUUCAGUAUCGCGGUGUCAUGCAUUUAAAAUGUUAGCAGAACGUAGUGAUAAAGAGUUGCGUGAAUACAUAAAAUCCUUGACCGUGCGUGUGCUUAUUGACGACGCACCAGAAGUGCGAAUUCAGCAAGGACUGCUCCUAAACGAAGUUCCGGGUUUGAAAUUGCAACCGCAAGCUCAACAGGUUUUAUUGCAAACACCGCAGGAUCAGUCGCCUGUAAAAAUACCGCUACAAAAACAACAAAAACUUUUACAGAAGCAAGUAAAACAGCAAAAGCAGCAACAAGAAAAACAGCAGCAGCAAAUAAAUCAACAGAAACAGCAGCAGUCUUCAAUAACUCAGAAAAAAAGAAUUAGUCGAAAAAAGCAACAGCAACAGCAACAGCAACAACAACAGCAACAACAACAACAGCAACAACAACAACAACAGCAGACUCAAAUACAUCAACAACAACAGCCACCACCUUCUAUUCAACCGCAACAAAUAUUACAACCACACACAAUGUCUAUUGCAGAGCCGGUUACUUUGCAUGCUUCCCCGCGAUUACCCCCUCCACCGCCUUUAUUAUCAACAGCUCCGCAACUUUUGCCAAUAACUUCAAAUCAUUCGACGACAACAAACAGCACAAUAGUACCAGCGACGUCGGCUCACUUGCCGCAACAGAUUCUGUUGCCGAAUGGGCAGAUAAUAACCACUGCACAAAUUGUUACUACAAACGGUGGAGCACCGCAAUUAACGCAAAUCAUUACGAACCCAAAUCCGCCUCCUCCUCAGGCCCAACCCACGCCACAAUUUGCCCCUCAUCUUAUUCAAACAACUGGUGGGCAGACGUUGCAAUUGAUACAGCAGCCUAACGGGCAGCAUGUGUUGCAGUUCGUCCAACUAGUUCCGCAGAGAUUAAGCGCUUCGGGGGCGAAUUGCUCAACGGCCAUCAUUGAUGAAGAACAAAUAACUAUGGUGGAUGAAGAGACGCUGAUGGAGCAAAGCGAACAGCAUCUAAUCGACGAUGAUGAUCUUGAGGAAGUGCCGCCUGACGAUUCUGGCACACAUAUGGGGAGUAGAGAUCAAAUUUGUGAAACCAUCGUUGUUGAAGACGAUCAAUUACAAGUGCAUCACCAGCAACUAUUAGGCCAUAACGAUAGCCAGGAGAUGGAAUAUUUGGAGGAUAUAACUGUUACUACCACACAGCAGCAGCGCCAUCAUCAUCUUGUCUUACAUCAGCAAGAGCACAUUUUACCAAAUAAGGUCGAAGAUGUUGAUGAUGAUGAUGAUGACGACAUAAUUGAGCAGGUAGAAUUCGAAGAAGAAAUGUUGGAUGAAGAUGAUGAGACGGAUGCUGUACUUUUGGAUGCGAGCAAUGCUGAAUUCAUAACGGAACCGGACAAUGACCAAGAAAUGAUCGAUGAAAAUACAGGUGAAGACAGUGUAGAUAAUGUUACAUUAACUCACUACACGGUGGUGGCUGAAAAUGACGAUGAAGUUCUUGUUGAAGCUGAAGUUAAUGCGGUUUUACAGGCGGCUUGUGGACAACAACUGCAAAAAACUGAAAAUAAUAAUCUCCCGCAAACGGUCAGCGUCACCCAAAUAAUGAACAACAAUAAUAAUAAUGUGGCGGUGACGACAUCAAAAAAACACAAACGUGCAAGCAACGCUAAAACUUUAAUUAAUUCACGUCAAUUGGCGGCUACAGCGUCUUCUAUAGCGGCGGCUGCCGGAGGAGACGAAGAUUUUGAGAUUGACGAGAAAUUAAUAGCGGACUUUAUUAACCAGCAAACAACCGUUGUAGGGUCGGGACGGUAUAUGUGCAAUUUGUGUCGGCAGGAGUUCCGGCAAUUUAAAGGCUUACAGAAUCACAUGCAUUCUCAUUCAAAUUGGAUACGAGCCAAUUGUAAGAAAUUACCCCAAUGUGAAAUUUGCCAGAAAAGUUUUAAGGGACCGGGUAUGUUGAAAAUGCACAUGAAAACACAUCAAUCGGCGGCAAAAACACCGACUUGUCAAAUUUGCGGUAAAACAUUCAAAACGAAAGCGAUUCUUUACCGGCAUCGGCAAAUACAUCAGCAACGUUCCUUCUUGUGUGCAGUUGACAAUUGUCGUAAGGGCUUCUCAAGUCCGCUAUCGUUGAAAGCUCACAUCGAUCGGAAGCAUCCGGAACCGACUGAUACGGGAAAAUUUAAAUGUGGCGAAUGUUUGAUGAUCUUUUAUAAUGUGAAUGAUUUAAACGAUCAUGUGCAUCAAACCGGACACGGUUUGGUAGCAGCAACGUCACCUUCUAACAUCAAUGGCAAUGGCAAUAAUAAACUUGAACAUCACGGAAAUGUAAAUAACGCAAACUUAUCAGUAAUUACCUCAAGUAAUUUGACAAUUAGUAACAAUAACAGUAAUAAUGCGACAACUGCGGCUGUCACCAGCCAUGUCACCAUGGCUGAAGUGGUUAACAGCAACGGUGAAGUUUUCAUUGUUACGCCGGCGUAGUUCCCUUAAAAAAGGGAUGGGGGAGCGAAAAUACUUUUUAACAUAUUUUUAAAAUGAUUGCUUGUUUACGGUAUGAAAAAAUUAAAUUUAAAUUAAUUAUAAUUGUAAAUAUGUAUACAUACAUAUAUAUGUAAGUUGAUGUAAGAGCAUUAGGUUAUAAUGGACAUAUAAGAAUAUUUCUAUGUACAGAAUAUUUAAAUAUUUUACAAUAAAUGAACAAAAUGA